AUGCCUCACUUGGCGUUUAAGGCGCACCUGUUUACCUGUGUGGUCAGGGAGUACUUCCGUGUGCAGCAGUGGCUCUCAGUGGCUCUGAACGCUGGGGCCACUGGGACCGCGGCCCUGAAUGAACGACCUGGAAAUCUCACUCUUUCACAUGACAGCUGCUCGGAUGUGGAGUUGCCAGCCCGCCUCUUUAUGCUUCCUAAGCUUCAUUCACCAAAAUCACAGAGGGGUGGUGUAGGUAUGGCCCCACCCAGCCCCGCCCCCCCAGCCCCCUCACCAGGGACUCCUCUGACAUCAUGUCUCUGUCACCCAGCAGACGCCAUUGUAGAGUGGCUGCAGCUCGGCCCGCCCUCCACUCUCUUCCGCUCCUUCAUAGUGGCUCUCUUUUUGUUUUGUUUUCAGCGACAACAAAGGGACGCCACAGUCAAGGCUGGAGACAUCCUCCCUCUCCCUGGUCAUUUAUAA